ACUUGGAGUUGUCAAAUUGGCGCGGACGGGCAUCAAACAGGACGAUCGCAGUCGCAUUUAAAAUAAUUGUGAAUAUUUGAAUAAAUCUUCCGAUCAAAAUCAAAGGAAAUGUCUCACAGUAAUCGUAAUGAGUGUCGCAUCUACGUAGGAAAUCUACCACCAGAUAUACGCACAAAGGACAUCCAAGAUUUAUUCCAUAAAUUUGGUAAAGUCACUUUCGUCGAUUUGAAAAACCGCAGGGGACCACCCUUUGCAUUUGUUGAGUUUGAAGAUGCUCGUGACGCUGAAGAUGCGGUUAAAGCCAGAGACGGCUAUGACUACGACGGAUACCGAUUGCGCGUCGAAUUUCCGCGUGGUGGUGGUCCGGGUAGUUAUCGUGGCAGUCGAGGCAGUGAUCGCAGUCGCGGUGAAGGUCGCAGCAAUCGUGGCCCAGUGACCAAACGUUCUCAGUUCCGUGUAUUAGUGUCAGGUCUGCCCGCAUCGGGUUCGUGGCAAGAUUUGAAAGAUCAUAUGCGUGAGGCGGGUGAUGUGUGCUUCGCCGAUACAUAUAAAGAUGGUACCGGUGUUGUGGAAUUUUUGCGACACGAGGAUAUGAAGUAUGCGAUCAAGAAAUUGGAUGACUCAAGAUUUCGAUCUCACGAGGGUGAAGUUGCAUACGUUCGUGUUCGAGAAGAUAUGGGUGACGACCGUCGUGAUCAUAACAGAGACAGAUCCCGUUCUCGUUCAUCGUAUUCACCUCGCCGCCGCCGUGGAACACCCACCUAUUCACCGGUGCGGAGAAGCUUCUCGCGAUCCCGUUCAGAUUCCAGGUCAAAUUAUUAAAAAAACAAAAACAAAACCAAUUAACUUUAAAGAGUUCAUUACUUCAAACAGUAGCCGUGCAAAGUAAUCGACUUUUGAGAGUCUUAUUGGUCUUAUUGCAAACGAAAAAAACAAAAGAUUGAAAGAAAAUUUGAAGAAGAAGGAAAAAACAAACAAAAAAUCUAUCCAAAGAUAGCAACGAUUUAUCAAAUACUGAAACACAAAAUAUCGCAUUUUCUUUUAGAGAGAAUAAUUAUGGAAGAGAAGAAAAUUCACCGACAAAUUUUUCUUUUUAUUUUUAAUUUUAUUGAACAUAAACAUUCCUUGGAAUUGCAGCCAUCAUGUGUGCAUUACAUCGUAAUCUUAUUGUCAAAAAUAAAUGAAAAACAAAAUUUCUUUUUUUAAAGAAUGAUUAGAUCUCUAGGCGCACGCGGAAAUAUGUUUUUUUUUUAAAUAUAUUUUUUUCUUCGUUCAUGAAUUUUGUAGUGUUCCGUACUUGAUGAAUUUGCAAAAAAAAAAAACAAAAAAAUUGACUAAGUUUAGACAUGCAUUUGAAUUGAUUAACGAAAGGAAAAAUAAUUAACAAUUUGUCAUAGAUCGUCAUAUUUUAUCGAGAUUGUUCAAUCAUUUAGUUUUGCUUUUGUGUAAUAAUUGAUCAAUCGAAAUGAGUGAACUGAUUGAGCACUCUCUCCGUUUCAUACUCACCAAUCACACACAUCCACACACACACACACAAUCUUUUAUAGAUUUUUCUUUUUAAAUUGUAAAAAAAACCCUUUUAACCAUAAAAACAAAUCAAACCAACCAACCAACAAAAUAUCAAUUUAAUUCAAUUUUUCUAACAUAUUUUUCUCUUUUUUCUAUUGAUUUUUAUGUGAGAUAAAAUGAAAUUAAAAAUGGAUGGAUGUUUUCGUGAUGUUUGGAAAAAAAGGAAAGGAUGAAAAGGCAAGAAAAAAAAAUUGAAUUUCUCGGAUUGCAAAUUUUAUUCGCAUUAUUUCCAAUGGACCGAAUUAUCCCAUUAUUAUUCGCUGACUGGACUUGGAUAGCCGAUUCUCUAUUCUGGAUAGGAUUGAACAGGAUUUAUGACGGGACUGAUAUUGUGAAAGGAAAAACAGAAAAAGAAGGAAAAAAAACGAUUUUUUUUGUGUAAUAUAGGAAAAUGUAACAGGAUGAAGACAUCGCGGGAAUAAUAGGAUUGAAAGGAUUGAUACGCACCUCUUAAUUAGGAUUUUAUUGAGAAAAAAAAAGAAAA